UGCGGGGAGAGGGACGGGGCUGGAAUCCGCUGUUCUGGUGCGCCGCGGCCGCCUAAUGGCAGACAGGAGCGCUAGCGGCUCGCUGACGAUCGUCUGAUUCUCGUUCAGUCGGCGUGCGGGUUAGAUGAGACCUCCGCGUCGCGCGUGCCUUGGCUGAUCCCCCCCCCCCUCCCGGAGACAUGAGCGGUAUAAAAGAGAAGCCCGCCGUGCGCCGGCACAGCUCGGAGAACGACUCGGGCGGCGGCGGCGGCGACUGGGACAUGGCCAGCGACGUGUUCGUCUCCUGCUACGACGACCCGGCGGCGGAGUUGGACCCGGCACCACGGCCCGCUUUGGACCGACACCUCCCUCUGCUGCGCGGGGAGCACCGCCUCUCCCAGGACGGCCUGAUGCUGGGCCUGGUGGAGGAGGGACGUUACGCGGGCUACCGUCCUCAUCCGGACCCGGGGUCGGACUACCUCGACGUGGACCCGGACUACACGGAGAGCGACGGCAACGUCGCCGCCAAGAAGCGCAACCGGUCCAACAGCUCCCGGCACCGCGGGGAGGUGGUGACGGAGCUGGGGCCGGAGGAGGUGCGCUGGUUUUACAAAGAGGACAAGCGGACGUGGAAGCCGUUCGUCGGGCACGACUCGCUGAAAGUGGAGGUGGCCUAUCGGAGGUUCUGCGAGCUGAACCCCGACAAGGUGAGGCGCCGCGUGCCGUCGGCCAGGGCCGAUGACCCGCCCGGGUCGGACGGCGUGGCGGAGGGGGGCCCCGGUCAGACGGAGCCGGCGGUGCAGGGAGGAGGAGGAGGUGGGGAGCGCGUGUCCGUGUCGGAGGAGAGGGAUGUGGACGGCGUCAGCAUCAGCGUGGAGGCUGUGUGCGUGAGGGGAGGUCUCUAUGAGGUGGACAUCAAGGAGAAAGAGUGCUACCCCGUCUACUGGAACCAGCAAGACCGGAUACCUGUGAUGCGCGGCCAGUGGUUCAUCGACGGCACGUGGCUCCCCCUGGAGGAGGACGAGAGCGAUCAGAUCGAGCUGGAGCACCUGGCCUGUUUCCGGGGGCAACAGAUGAGGGACACCUAUGAGACGGAGGUGGUGACGGCCACAGUGGACAGCAAGGAUGCUAUCCACAGCUUAAAGCUGAGCCGGAGCCACGUCGACUGGCACAGCGUAGACGAGGUGUACCUCUACAGCGAUGCCACCACCUCCAAGAUCGCACGCACUGUCUCCCAGAAACUGGGCUUCUCCAAAGACACGGUGGACUCCAUCACCCCAGACAAAGUGAGAGGCCUCCGAGACAUGCUCAACAGCAGCGCCAUGGACAUCAUGUACUACACCAGCCCGCUGUACCGAGACGAGAUCACUAGGGGUCUGACACAUGAGCUGAAUCGACUCUACACACUCUUCUGCUCCCGUAACCCCGAGUUUGAGGAGAACGGGAAAGUUUCGAUCGUGUCGCACUCGCUGGGCUGUGUCAUCACUUUCGACAUCAUGACGGGCUGGGACCCCGCCCACUUCCAUCAUCAAGAAGAGCCCAACCCCGAGGAGACCAAACACCACUGGCCGAGUCACGAGGAGCACCACCUUCAGGAGCAGCUGAGGCAGACACGACUCAGGUUGAGGGACUUGGAGGACCAGUUCCAGGGUCUGCAGACAUCUACAUCGGGGGCAAUGCCAGCUUUGAAAUUCAAGGUUGAAAAUUUCUUCUGCAUGGGUUCGCCCUUGGCGGUUUUCCUGGCAUUGCGAGGGAUCCGCCCCUGCAAUAACGGCGUGCAGGAUCACAUCUUGCCCAAAUCCAUCUGCCAGCGUCUGUUCAACAUUUUCCAUCCCACGGACCCCGUGGCGUACAGAUUGGAGCCCCUCAUCCUGAAGCAUUACAGUAACAUCGCCCCUGUCCAAAUACACUGGUGUAACACCACCAGUCCGACGCGGUACGACCAGAUCCGACCCACGCUGCUGAACCCUCUGAAGGAGAGCGCGUCUGUGUCGGACUCGGAGAGCCUCCCCAGCCCCUGCACCUCCCCACCGCAGGCCCGCCGCCACUACGGAGAGUCCAUCACCAGCCUGGGCAAGGCUAGCAUCAUGGGUGCUGCAAAUCUCGGGAAGGGAAUUGGAGGAAUGUUCUUCUCCCGCUUCUCCCGCUCCAGUGGCCAUGUGGGCGGGGUCGAGGAGGAGCCGUCUGACUCCGAUGGCGGGGCCUCCGAAGUGGAGAACGCAGGCUCCGGGGAGGAGGGGGCUGCGGCCGAAGGCGAGGAGAAAGAGAAGCAGAGGGAGGAGGACACGGAGGAGAUUGAGCCCGUCAUGUCCCAGUCCACCUCAGCCAUCAUGGACAGCACCUCCUUGGAGUUGGAGAGACGCAUCGACUUCGAGCUGCGGGAGGGUCUGGUCGAGAGCCGCUAUUGGUCCGCGGUGACCUCGCAUACGGCGUAUUGGUGCUCCCACGACGUGGCGCUCUUCCUCCUCACCUUCAUGUACAGACAGCAGGAUCCGCCUGAGACUGCAGAGGACAACCCCGAGUCCUCAUAGCCCAUCGCAAUAAUACACAUACACGCAUGCACACACACACACACACACACACACACACACAACAUAACACACACACACACACACAAAAGGGUUGGGGUUACUUUGCUUUCCAUUCACUCAAUUUCAGAUUCAGUUUGAGGAAGCUGAAGAUGUCAGUGAUCCGGUCUUCUGGAUUUCUUUUUCGAGAUUGGACACAAGCACCAUUUCUAUCAUUUCAACGUGAAGGGCUUUAAGGACCUGCCUUAACCUACUUUUCUGUUUUUUUUUCAGGUAUCAUAAUAUAUUUUGAAUUUGUGCUAGCGAUAAUUUUUUUUUUUAUAUAUAUAUAUACUUUGUGUCUCUUAUUUCAAACGGCAUCUAAUUUUGGAACCAAAAAGCUCUUCAGAAUGUGAACCGAGUCUGUGAUUCACGCACCGAUUGCCAAAACCGUCGUCCUCGGACCGCUUCUUUGACGGCUUUGAAUAAUGUCGCACAGCUUUUUUCAUGGUCAGACUUCCAGUUUCACUCACCGCACGAGUUGGCUGAAUUGAAGGUUAAUGGACUCCAAUCCUGACAGGGAUGCAUGCAUUCAAGACCACCUGUACCUCAGAACACACAGAUACACACACACACACACACACACAUGCACACAAAGUCAAUUUCACAAGGAAAAUCUCAUUUGCCCCCAGCUCUCAUGCUCUCACCUUAACUGAACUUGACCUUUGAACCGAGCAGAACUGUGCAUUCAGGGUCGGCCCGCCUCUUCCACAGCCUGUCCCCCUGCUGCUCCCCCUCUUCUCUCUCCUCUCCUAAACACCCAGCUGAUGUCUCUCCUGUUCAGCCUGCUAUAGCGAUGGCGGUCGCUCCCUCGCCUCCUACCGGGGCCACGGCGGGCGUCGCUCGUUCGUCUGUUGACUUUCUCGUUGCCCGGGGUUCGGCGGCGGCCGUCGAGGUGGUCCUGGAACUAGCUGUGGCGGAAGGCCUCGAUAGUUCAGGGUCUCGCCUCACGGAAAACGCGUCACGACGUGUCUGGAGGAUCCGAGGCCUCGGACCAGGGCGUGGGAGGGCCACGCCGUCGUUCCGCCUGUCACACGACAGUGUGGCGUGAUUGGCGGUGAGAUGGGUGUUUAGUUCCCGAGGCGGACUCUGCACUGCGUCUGAGUCCUAAAAGUCAAGAAAACCGGAAUGCGUGAAAGAGAAGCCGGCAGCCUGACCGGGGGUCUCUGUGGUCCGCUUUGCUUUUCCCGCGUGGCGAGCCGAACCACGUGUCGCGUUUACAUUCGCUGCAGGCUUUCCCGCUUCGCUUUUGUUCAGGAAUGACAGCGGCAAACACUUUGGCCUUGGAAGACUUGGAGGCUGAUGAACGACCUGUUGUUCGCCCGUCGCCAGCAGACGGGUUGGGCUCUCAAAGCUGCGGUGGUGCGGAUCGGUUCUGAAACGAGCCCAGCCUCAGUUGAACUGUGUCACGAGCUCUUCACGCCAGAACGCCACGCUGCACGUGAAUUUAUAUCUUAAGGCGCUUUCUGGCAGUCACGUGUAAAAGGAGCUGAAUCACCGCGUAGCCAUCGAACCUAGGGCCGGCCGUAUUUGCAUAUUGUAACGCGCACGGAUAAGUAGACACGUUAGCCCUUGGCUAACGGGUCGGGCCC